AUGUCUUACGAACAAGAAGAACCGCUUUUGGUCGACCCGACUGCUGUUUCUAGUACGGCCUCCCAACAACACCAACAAGAACAAGAAAUGCUUUCUUCGUAUUCCGUGCCAAAACCUCCCAUGUCCACACAGCAAUCCACUGUUGCCUCUGAGACAGAGGCAGAGCCCAACGUGGCUCCACAGGAACAACCCAGAACCCUUUGGAUGGGUGAUUUAGAUACUUGGCUUGAUGAAUCUGCCAUUGUUGAUUUGUGGUGGCAGAUUUUGCGCAAGAAGGUAAAUGUCAAGGUCAUCAAGCCCAAGAAUCCAAAGCCCGAGUCUCCAUACAUGGGCUUGACUCAUCUGGGGUAUUGCUUCGUCGAGUUUGAAACAUAUGAUGAUGCACAGCAGGCUUUGACUCUCAAUGGCCAGCUACUCCCAGAUAUCGCAAUGCCUUCACAGCGUCAUUUCCCAAAUAACCCGGAUAACCAAAAGAAGUACUUUAGGUUGAAUUGGGCUUCAGGAGCCACUCUUCUGGCACCUAUUGUUCACUCUCCAGAGUAUUCGCUCUUUGUAGGUGAUUUGAGUGCUUCUACAACUGAGGCCCACCUUCUUCUGUUCUUCCAGAAGCUGUUCCCCAAUUCCAUUAAAACGGUCCGUGUCAUGACCGAUCCAGUCUCAGGAAAGUCACGGUGUUUUGGCUUUGUCCGCUUUACAGACGAUGCCGAACGUAGACGUGCUCUCGUGGAGAUGAAUGGUGCUUGGUUCGGUGGCAGACCAUUGAGAGUCGCUUUGGCAACUCCAAGAAACGCAUCCAUGCCAUCAAGGUCGCCUAAACCUGAUUUUAGAAACAAUGAUUUGGCUGCUACGACACCUUACUUGGAUCAACAGCAAGACUACAUGUACAUGGGUCCUGGACCCAAUGCUCCUGUUCAUGGAGCUCCACCAGGUCCACCAGGAUCAUCAGGAUACUACUACACUCUGCCGAUGAUGGGGGACAAGAGCUCUAGUGAUUUGGGUUAUGGCAUUCCCCAGAGUAUGUCUUCUCAGGGUCAAGCAUACACCGACCCUGCUAAUACCACUGUUUUUGUAGGUGGGCUUUCGUCUGAUGUCAGUGAGCAGACGCUUCUUACGCUAUUCAUGCCGUUUGGCGUUAUUCAACAAAUCAAAAUCCCUCAAGGAAAGAAUUGCGGCUUCCUCAAGUACUCCACCAGAGAGGAGGCUGAAGAGGCUAUUCUGGCCAUGGAAGGUUUUAUUAUUGGUGGCAACCGUGUCCGUCUAGGCUGGGGUAGAGUCUCUCCUAACAACAAGAAGUAUCAUCAUCAAAGACAACAGUUUGCCCAUGUGGCACAGAUGCAAGCGGCAGCUGCAAUGUCCAUGGGAAUGGAUCCAGCAUCUGCCUACGCUGCCGCUGCCGCUGCUGCUGCCGGAUACCCACCACCGCCACCACCGCCACAGAACACAAUUCCAGGUAGUUCGCCUGGUUAUCCACCAGUGCCCAUGGGAAUACCACAGAUGCACCCUAUGGGAGCACCUUCGUACGAUGUUCCAGAGCAUGGUGUUAAUGGCGAAGAGCAAGAAUACACUUCAGCUGAUACAACUACGACACAAGGCGGGCUGGAAGGUCAUCAAGAGUCUUCCGAGCUGGGGUACUUCAAUCCCGAUAACUUGACAUCUACAUUUGACAAGCUCAAUAUCGAUGCGCCAGCAGCUGCUGGAACGCCGCCAACGACUGCUAGUAGCAAGAAUGAUAAACCAUCUAACAGAGAGCAGCCGACCUGA